AUGAAAUUACUCAAAUCUUCAAUUUUAUUGAAACUGGCAGAAUGCAGUUGGAGAGAUCGCUGGGAAGCUAUCCAAGAAAAGCACAACGAGAGAAACCAGAAUCAGCCCCGUCUUGAUCACCUUUGUAUUGCAAAAUUGAAGACGUUUUUGGACGAAAAUCAAACUGAGGGAACUUGGGAAUGCGACGAUCUUUACCAGCCUAGCACAGAAUAUCAGUGCGUGAAUCGCUGCCAUGUUGAUGGCAAAGUAAGCGGGCUGGUCAAAGUCAUGUGUAGAUUUGCCGGACCGGUUCUGAGAGUCGGUGGAUAUGUGGAUUGUCCUUCUAUCAUAAGUGAUGAAGAAGCUCGAUUCAUAACAAGCAGAAGAGACAAAUGCGAAGACAACCUAAUCACCAUUACAAAUGGGUCUUUGAAAUUUUUAAAAACUAGAGGUGCCACGACAGAGUACAACAUCUUCUGCGACGGAAAAGGAAAAUCCAAAAUUCGAGCAAAAUGCGACGAGGUCAAGCCGAACGGUCAUCCCAAAAAGUGGAAAUUUACCAAAGGCUCUAAUGCUCAAAAAGCCUGUCCUGGAGGAGGAUCGGCCGGCGGUGGGAAGAAGAAACCAAAUCACUGUAAAGAUGUUGCGUUCUUGAACGCGAACCGUCCUCUUGGAGCCGGCCAGUGGACUUGUGAUGGAACUACUAAAGCAUCAGUUUGUCGAGCUGUCUGCUCUGAUGAAAAUUUAACAGCCGAUGUGAGGAUUAGAUGCUUCAAGACUAAUCUCUCUUAUCUUAAAGGUGACGAGAAUGUAAGAUGCGAGCCAGCUGAAGAGGUCGUGUUCUCACCGCUCAGCCCAAUGCCGCUUUUGAGAAACUGCAACGGCAUCCGCGAAAGUACAAACUCCUCGAAGAUGCCCUGGGUCACCGAACUUACGAUCGACUCCGACCGCAAGUGUAGAGCCACUGCGAUCAACGAUAAGUGGCUGAUCACCGCAGCUACCUGCUGCCUCAACGCAGAGUCCGUAACAAUGCCAAGUGGCGCAGCUGCUUCAGAUGUUCACGUGAACGGCUUUUAUGGGGACAUUGCUGAUGGAACCAUGAGGAACUUUGACUUUUGCUUGAAAGCUUGUGUGAGAUCUUCAAAACCCAGCCCAGGAAAAACUUGCUGGACAUACGCCGAAGAUGGUUCCGCUCAACCAAUCAAUCACCUUGGCGAAGACUACUGUAGUGCUAAAUCAGUAGUCAAGCUCGCUCCAUCAGAGCUUUGCUACGGCUUUCCCGAUCUAAACAACAACGGCAUGACAGACGCGAUCUCCAGGGAUCUGAUUCCAGGAACGCCGAUUUUUGUAAUGAGGACGGAAAAGCUGCACUCGUUGGAGUUGGGUCACUUGUAG